UUCUCAAUUUAUUUAACACCGUCAAUAGGCUUUCUAAGGAAAAUUAGAAUGUUUGAUUUUCCAGCAACUGCUGCUGCACCAAGCUUUGAAGCGCUUCGAACACAGGGUUGCAAACCUGGCCAAGCAAGGAUUAAACCGGCGGGACGUUAUCAAUGUGGCGUUUGCCCAAAAAGUUACAAAUAUUCGGAAGAAAAGUAUGCAUGUAUUCCAUGCCAGGACAAUUUUGAAACACCGGGUGCUGGAAUUUAUUACUGGUGCACAGAACGCAGCGGAGGGGGACCUAUUCCCAAAACUACGACGAGAGAAAUACCUCCCACCACCGCACCAACACCAACAACACAAACAUCAACCACUUUGUACUCGAGUGCUGUUAGCACGACCACGGCAACUCAAUCUACUUACAUCUCCAAUACAGCAACAGAUACAAGUGCAAUGUAUCCUACAUUUACCCAGACCCUUGCCACGAUUGCUGAUAUCACAACGAUUUUAACUUUCUUUGUACUUGCAUUCGCUAUAUAUUUUUUUUAUAAACGUAUAUAUUUAGUACGGUGGUGUAAUCAGGGCUAUGCACCAGUCGCAACAAACACAAACGGUGGAACAGCAAAUGGAAAUGGAGUACAUCACACAGACGUGAGCAAUGGAGGGCAUGGCGUAAAUUCGAACAAUGGAGGACAUGGCGUAAAUUCGAGCAAUGGAGGGCAGCAUGGCGUAAAUUCGAGCAAUGGAGGGCAGCAUGGCGUAGAUUCGAGCAAUGGAGGGCAUGGUGUAAAUUCGGGGGAAGCACAUGGCGGGGACGAAAAUAAACUUGAAGAAGGAGAGACUACAACACUUAUAUCCGAUCCAACAGCAAAUGGGAACGGAGUACAUUGAACUUGAACAAAUAACUCAUCAAAAUGAUACUGAACAAAAUAUAGAAACGACAACUGAAGAAACAGCGAUGUUGUAACGUGUACAAUUGUACAAACAUAUACCUAUACAGUGAUGGGAUAUAAGACAUAGGACGGACUUUCCGUUUUGCCUAUAUAUAUUGCUAGCUUGAAGCUUAUAGUUAAUCAAACGUUUUACAAAUAUCAAAAUGCAUUGAAACUAUAUUUAACAAAAUGUUGCAACACAAUAUUACUGUACAAUUGUGUGUGUGUUGUUAUAUAAUAUUGUGCGAGAAAAUGCUGUAACAUAAUAAUACUGAUAUAUUAGGAUGGGGGAAGAUGGGACACCUUUUCACUCGUGUAUUUCUCGUUCUGUUUGGUAGUUAACAAAGAAAAUUUAAAUAUUUAUCAAAC